AUGGCGCAGCUGCCUGCCUUGCACAAGGCCUGCCUCGACGGGAGCCUCGAGGGCGUGCGCGCUGCCCUGGCGCAGCCGGAUGCGCCGCAGGUGCUGCAGACGCCCGAUGCCGAUGGACGCACGCCGCUCCAUUGGGCCGCGUCGAGUGACGCGAAGCACGCGCUGAUCGAGGCGCUCCACGCCGCGGGGCCGCUGGAUGUCAAUGCGCGCGACGCGAGUCUGUGGACGCCGCUCAUGAUCGCGUCGUCGGCGGGCGCUCUGCGCGUCGUGCAGUGGCUCCUCGCCCAAGGCGCCGACGUGCACGCCGGGAAUGCCAAGCGCAUCACGGCGCUGCACUAUGCAUGCAGCAAGAACCACAUCGAUAUCGUGCGUGAACUCCUCGAAGCUGGCGCGGAUGUCAAUGCGAUCGACGGCGCACAGCAGCGCCCCAUCCACCGCGCUGCCUCCGCCGGGCACAGCGCCGUCGUCCAAGUCCUCCUUGCGCCGCCACCACGGAACGACGGCACACCGCACCCCAAAACGCGCGUGAAUCCCGCUGACCGACUGGGCAACACGCCGCUGCACCUCGCGGUCGACUCGGCUCACGCGCAGACGGCGGCUCUCCUCAUCGACGUCGGCGGCGCCGAUCGGUGGCGCCAGAACGCCGACGGCCUCGUGCCUGAGCAGCUCGAGGGCGUCGGCGGUCUCGAGCAGAAGCGCGUCCGCGACAUGCUCGUGCAGUCGUUUGGGCCUCUCGGUAUCUAG